CGGAGGGCCGACCUGGUCAUCAGCCACGCAGGUGCAGGUAGCUGUCUGGAGACUCUGGAAAAAGGAAAACCGCUAGUAGUAGUAAUUAAUGAAAAGCUGAUGAACAACCAUCAGCUUGAACUGGCAAAACAGCUCCACAGAGAUGGGCACGUCCUCUGCUGUAAUUGCAGCACUCUUGUGGAGACACUGCAGUCGAUGGACUUGUCAGCUUUGAAACCUUUUCCUCCUGGACAGCCAGAAAAGUUUGCUUUGUUCUUGGAUAAAGUUAGCUGCUGGUAUUUGGAGUUCGCCGCUAGCAGCUCACCCCUGGGCCGGGGGCAGGAACGCCGCAGGAAAUUCUGGGUGACUCUUUGGUUUUCCCUUGGGGUGUCUGCCGUCACCGACACCUCGAGCGACGAAGCUGGAAGCAGUUUGCUUAGCGAGGACCGGCUGUUUUCAUCUCAAAUUCACCAUGUGGAAGUUAGGAAAGGUUGUGUCUUGUUUAUGAAGCAACACCAGCAGAAGUUUGACUCUUAUGUGGAAGGAUCAUUUGAGAAAUACCUUGAACGGCUAGGAGAUCCAAAGGAAAGUGCUGGCCAGCUGGAAAUGAGUGCUUUAUCAAUGAUGUACAAACGAGACUUUAUUCUGUACCGAUACCCUGGAAAGCCACCCACUUAUGCUACAGACAAUGGCUUUGAAGACAAGAUUUUACUGUGUUGUUCCGGCAACGGCCAUUAUGACUCUGUAUAUGCAAAACAAUUCCAGGAAGAUGCUGCUAUUUGCCAGGCUGUAUUAUAUGAGAUCCUGUACAAAGAUGUGUUUGGCAUGGAUGAGGAAGAAUUAAGGUCUGCAGUUGAGGUGUUUCGAAGUGGAUCCAAGAAGAACAGAAACAGUGGCUCUGUAGGAAAUGAGGAUGCAAACUUUGAUUGUCUUCAUGAAAGAGUAUCCAGAAAUCCAUCAGAAAAGAGGGGUGGGUGUUGGAACAAGCAAAGUAUCGAAGAUAAGUUCAAACAAGGCAUUGAAGAAGAAAAGCCUCCAGAAAAUCCAUCAAAGAUGCCUGUUCCUUAUAAAGUGCUGAAGGCACUGGACCCUGAGAUCUAUCGAAAUGUGGAGUUUGAUGUUUGGCUGGACAGCAGAAAAGAGCUUCAAAAAACUGACUACAUGGUGUUUGCUGGGAGACAGUACUAUUUAGGAGACAAGUGUCAGGUACGUCUGGAGCCUGGAGGUAAGUAUUACAAUGCUCAUAUCCAGGAAGUUGGACAGGAUGGCAACACGUUGACUGUAUUCGUUGAGGAGCUGGCAGAAAAGCAUACAGUUCCUUUGGCAAACUUAAAACCAGUGACACAAGUGGCGCCUGUCCUUGCUUGGAAUAUGGUUCCCAGCCGAAAAGGAGGAACCUAUCAGAAAGUAACAGGUGGAUACUUCUCAGGAAUAGAAAUGGAUAUGAAAACACGGAAGAGAAUGCUUAAGAAAGUUCGUGGAAAGGAAGUCUUUAUGACUGUGGCUUAUAGCAGGGGUCAGCCAGUUCUUCCACCCCGGCUACAACACAGUGUUCCUUCAGGACGCUCUCCUCCAGUUCACUGCUCACAGGGUGGUGGAAACAUGGCACCUUACGAACCCUGCCAUCCUCAGAAUCCUCCUCAGAGACAUAACCGUGGAUUUGGGAUGCCAAGGGGAUCUGCCCGAUUUAUAAACAGGCACAACAUGGUUGGCACUCAAAUAGCAUUCUACCCCAGUCCAGGAAAGAGAUGCUAUCAGAGCUAUGAGAGUUUCUCCUGCAGGUCUUGCUCAUACAGCCGUAGCCGCCGUCAGAUGCAGUGUGUGAAUAAGGAAUGUCAGUAUGGGUUUGUACCAGGGAGUGGAGAGGAGCCUCAAGGACCAGAAGAAACUGUAACUUUCUAUGAAAUUGAAGGAGAGGAUGAUACUGCUUUUCCUACUUUACCAAGCCAGGGUAGCCCUGCUCCGAUUGUCCAUGGUCCAGCAGGAUUUUGGGUAGCAAGGAGGGGCCCACACUCUGUUCCACCUAACAAGCAGACCCUGAAUUCCUCAGAGGAGGAAGAAGAAGCAAGUGAAAAUGAUCCUGACUGUGAAACUGCAACAGUAUUUAGUUCAGCAGAAGCUACAGCAAACUUGGAAGAAGGGCCAGUCUCAGUGUCACCUCAAGAUGGAGUGGCUUCAUACAGCUAUCCCCAAAAGGUAGUGGUGAACUCUGCAGCAGUCUCAGCCUCACCAGCAGUUUCUUCGGUGCCGUUCCCAAUUUAUUCAUCUCCUCUUCCUCCAGUCAGUGAGGUGGGAGAAGCUGGUGCCGUUCUUCCACCUUACUCUUGUGAUCCCAGUGGCAGUGAUCUGCCUCGAGAUACAAAGGUCUUGAGGUAUUAUUUUAACCUGGGAUUGCAAUGUUAUUAUCAGAGCUAUUGGCCUUCCAUGGUGUAUGUACAGCCAGUGCUGCCACCAUCACCUGUGGAAGUUUAUCCAGCGUAUGCUGAGCCAACUCCUGUCCUAGAUCAGUCAGUACCUCAGCUCUACGCUGAUGCUGGGCGAACUGAAGUCCACCAGGUUCCUUUGGAAGCACCUGCAAAUGGUAACUUCCAACAUGCAGAGCCUCCACCGCUGUCCUAUGGGCCAGUUUAUUACCCAGUGGUGUCGGACCCCUUCAGCCAGCAGUCUCUUCCUGGGUUUGAUUCUUUAGUACCUGCCUAUCGCUGUAUUAGUACCUGGCAUCCAGUAAAUCCACCCUGUGGAAAUUCUCUGCCAAUUGCUAAUGCUGUUUAUGCUAGUGAUAGUUGA